AUGCAAUACAUUCGCUUCUUGAAAACCCCCCGGUUUGUUUACACCAACGACGGGCGCUCUGGGACAGUAUUAGCCUUGGUCACUAUCACAUCAGACCUAGGAGAGUCCUUUUUCCUUCAGGAUGUGGCCUUGACGGCCAAAUUACUUGACGGUAAAAGCUGGACAUCUUUGCCACUUUCGGUUACUAGGCAUACCUGGAAAGCUGGCAUGAGAACCCUGAAAAUUGAGCUGGACCUUGUCAUCAAGCAAAAGGAAAUAUUCCACCGUGCUGUUGUACUCUCCGUCUCUAGCGAGCAAUCUGCCGCCGACGAUCUUUCGCAAUUAGAAGCUGCCGGCUCAUUAGUUCUCUCAGCAUAUAGCUCUCCAUUUAGACCUUUAGGCGGCAUCGAGGCCGAAGGGUAUGUCGAACGGAGAUUGACAAUUGGCCGGAAAAUGGCUUUACCGGUGUGGGAAGAAACCGGGGAGAGCAUUGCCAGGCAUAUCUGGGACGGAGGGCUUGCAUUGGCAGCAUAUCUUGCACAGAACAUUCCCACCUCUAAGGUUGAUAAUGAAGGCAAAAGGCUAGAUGCCCUUGACAAAAUUCUCGGGCUACCCGAGGAUCUUGAAGUUCUGGAGCUCGGCAGUGGGUGCGGCAUUGUUGGAUUGGCUUUGGCCUCACUCUAUAAGAAUUGCCGCGUCACCUUAACAGAUUUGCCUCUUGCAGAAGAGAUUAUCGUUAGGAACCUCAGGUGUUCAGGCUCGGAGGGAAACGUAAACUUUAAACCGCUGGAUUGGGAUCAAAAUAUCCCAGAACCUCACGGCUAG